AGCAGGAAAUACUUUCACGCAAAUCAAAACAAAAUUUUUCCUCAAAAUUCGAAGUUGACAUAAUAUUCAAAGAAAACGAUGGAGAGAAGAUUACCAGCAGAUUCAAUCCCUAUUUUCAACGAAGGGAUAGCUCUGGCUCUCUAUCUCUGGCGACCUCUCCGUAUUGCUGUUGAGAGCCAAUUGGGAGGUCGAGAGUCUCGCCAGAAGGCUGACAGACUUGGCAGCGACAUACUAUACUGGUUCACCCAAUGUAAAGAGCCUCUGUUUAUUGAUGACUUGGAAGAAAUGCUCUAUCAUGGUAUGCGUUCUCUCAACAUGGUGAUUCAAGAUGGCAGUGAAGAAGAGGUAGCUGAGAAACUGAUGGUUCUGCAUGAAGAAUGUCUUGAAGGUAAUUUUAGGUCCAUUGAGAUUCUAAGGGAAGCCAGUCUUAAACAAGCUGCUCGCCCUGAUCCUAAAGAGCUUGUGAAUAAUGAUGAGGACGACGACGAAGACGAUGACAGUGAUGAAGAUUCUGAUAUGGCGGUGGAAAUGGAAGUGCCAGCUAUGGAGUCCAUGCCCAAGGCUGCAGCUGAGGCAGAAGGCGAUGGAUGGACUGUGGUCUCAAGAAGAAGGAAUAAGGGUAGAAAUUAGAGAACAGUGGGGGAAUUCAUUUAAAUAUCCAUUAAAUUACGUUUAGUUUUUUGUUUACUUUUGUCUGUUUGGUUUUUUUUUUAAUUCAAAAGGAAACAUUAUUCAAUAAUGGUGGAAAAAUAUUUGUGGUUUGAGUUGGUCAAACUUAUUUCAUGAAUCAACAGUGUUGGAUAU